CCAGUGUAGCUUGUGUGUCUGGGUCCAAAGUCCCUGCAACUAACAUGUUCCACUGUGCUGCAGAGAUUCUUUCAAAAUGAUUUGUUACGAUGGGCAGAAGAGCCUCUGGCGUGAUAGUUUUGUCCAUCUGGAAUCCGGUUUGCUCAAUUUUGACCAGGUGAUACUGUUGCCUAUUGGUCUGUCUGUGGGUCUCUUAUUGCUGCUGCUGCUGGGUCUCUUAGUGUACUAUCUAUGGAGGAAGAAUAAGGGGCAGAGUCAGUAUGAGGAGCUGCUCUCUACUGUGCCUUCAGUACCACCAUGCUCUGCUCCAGUGAUCCUGGUGUCUCAGAGCCCCUGGGCCACACCCAGUGAGAUCCCUUUCACCUUGCCUCCUCGCUUCAUAACACAAAACCAUGGUGACCUGGAAAAUGAGGAGAUGAAGAUGGAGGCCCGGAGGGACAUACUAGCCCAUCGUGGGUCACUCUCAGUAAGCACAUGGUACCCAGUGGGGACGGUAUUGGCCGGCCUCUACUCUGUUCCUCCUCUGAACGAGGUGGUGCCCCCCCCCCCUGGCAUGGCCACCCGUCUCUGCUUCUCUGUGGAGUAUCGACACAGCAGCGAGCAGCUCAUGGUCUCCUUGCUCCGCCUCGGCAACCUCCCUCCCCGUUUCCACGGCAACGUCACGCUGGUGGAGCUGCGGCUACUCCCUGACGACCGGAGGCCCCGCCAGGCCAAGGCACGGGGCACGGGGCCCGACCCGGAGUUCAACGACUGCUUGGUUUUCCAGGUGUCAGGAGCGUGCGUGCCUCAGAGCACCCUGACUGUGUGUGUGCUGAGUGUGGAGCAAGAUGGUAAACGCCACGUGGUGGGCAGGAUUCUGUUUCCUCUGGAGGGGGAGCUCGGUCAGGCUGGCAGGGUGCUCUGGAGGGACCUGGAGACGGAGGAUGACACACAGGUACACACAGACACACAAACGACGUUUGCAUAUGCACAAAAUCGCUCAUGGACGCUAAACAUUUUGUUAUCUCUUAUCUCUCAGUGUUCAGAGCUGGGUGAUAUGCAGAUAUCUCUCAGCUACAGUCCAACUCUGCAACGCCUCUCUGUGGUGGUUCUGAGGGCUCGAGGCCUACAGCUGCUCUCAGACACAGGUGUGUGUGUCAAGGUGAGCUUACAGAUACACACUCAGGUGGUGAAGAUCAAGCGCAGCUGUGUGUUGAAAUGUGACAGUGACCCCCAUUUCAACCACAGGAUAACCUUUAAACUCCGCUCGCAGCACUUGGACGAGGCCUGCCUGAGAUUCGAGCUUCAGCAGCCAAACAGUGUCUGCUCAGAGCCUCCAGCCCUGCUCGGAGUGCUGGUGUUGGGUCCCUUCAUGUACGCCAGGGGCCUGCAGCUGCAGCACUGGAUGGACAUGGUCAACACACCACAGGAGCCGGUCGAGCUGUGGCAUGGACUGGGCAGGGCCACGUAAACACCCCAAAACAAUCAUUUGCAAAAAGCCAUGUCCAAUAAAGGGAACUGAAUAAAGAAUUUGGGGAUUUUACAAAAAAAAUUACAACCACCUGACUGAGCUUUGAAUUUAUCCUUUUAAUAUAUAAAUGAAAUCAAAUCUGGUAACAUUCUUUGACAGUUUAGUUACAAGAAAACAAAUGCAUACAGUAAAAAGCAUGGUACCCUCUACAUCUUUUGGAGUUGGGACUAAGUUAAGCUGAACCACCCUUUUUUACAGUGUAGUCUUUAUUUUACUUUUAUCUUUUAUUUUGAUAUGUGUUUUGUUUUGUUUGUAUGUGUGUCUAUAUAUCUACAUCUAAACCGGUUUCAAUAAAGAUUUUUUUAUAGAACAAAUCUGACUUCACCAGCGCUUCAGCACUUCC